AUGAGUAUGAUCGGUGUCUACCAAGGGCCCCAGCCGCCCAAAAAGAGUCUACAGGAAAUGACUCAACAAGAACAAGCAGAAGAAGGAGCAAGAUACUUUGUCGAUUUCAUGCAAUCAUGUCCUGGGAAAACCGCCAUGGCAGGAGCCAGUGGUUUCGCACUCGGUGGGUUCUUUGGAUUAUUUAUGGCCUCGAUGGCGUAUGACGUGCCAGUAGGAACUGACGCUGUCAAGCAUAUCAGCGACUUGCCAUUCAAACAACAAAUGAAGUUGCAAUUUGCCGAUAUGGCAAAGAGAUCAUACUCAUCAGCUAAAAACUUUGGUUAUAUUGGGUUGGUUUAUUCUGGAGUCGAGUGUACCAUUGAGAGUUUUAGAGCCAAGCAUGACAUAUACAAUGGUGUGACUGCGGGAUGUAUAACGGGCGCAGGAUUGGCCAUUAAGGGUGGUCCACAAGCUGCGGCUAUUGGGUGUGCUGGUUUUGCUGCAUUCAGUUUAGCAAUAGAUAUGUACUUGAGCAGUGAUGCCGCUGCGCCACCAAAGAAUGACUACGACCUAUGA